AUGGCAAAGGCAAGCGAGCCACAUGACGACAGCCAGGGCUCAGCAGCUGACAAGCGCAGCUCAGACUUUGUCCUGGAGCCACUGAAAGUCAGCCCCAGCUCAGAGGACUUGUUCAACACCGGGGAGCUCUCUGAAAAUUUCCAGACCAGGGGGGUGCGCGUGGUGGUGCGAUGCCGCCCCCUGCUAGCACACGAAAGGGACCAUGAGCAGCAGUGCAUGACCCUGGAUAAGGAGUCCAAGAGCGUCACUCUUCAGAGUAAGAACAUCGACGAGCGCAUGCGCCACUUCUUCUUCGACGAAGUCCUCGAUGAAGGGUGCAGCCAGCAGGAGGCCUUUGCGCGGGUGCAGAUGGGCCCCAUGGUGGAGUCGGUGCUGGCAGGCUACCAUGCCACCGUCUUCUGCUACGGCCAGACGGGCUCAGGCAAGACGCACACGAUGGAAGGGUUCACCUACCGUGCCUCUCGGGGAGCGGCCUCCCCGAAGGCACAGCUCGACACGGACCCAGAACAGCUGGGGCUGAUUGCGCGCUCCAUCUCGCUCCUGUUUGAGAGCAUCAAGCGCAAGAAGAAAGCGGAGCCGCACGUGACCGUCAACGUCAAGUGCUCCAUGGUACAGAUCUACAAGGAACAGGUGUACGACCUGCUGAACCCCACUCUGAUGGACCCCAGCAGCACCCCCUUCUCGACCACCAGCUUCGGGCGGCCCCUUGCGCGCCCCCCGCAGCAGGUGCUCAAGGUGCGCUGGAACCGGCGGCGCGAAUUCUACCUGGAGAACGUGUUCGAGUUCCAGUGCGCCACAGCGGACGAGGCGAUCGAUCACUUCCGCUUCGGGGUCAACAACAAGACAAUGGCGAGUCACAAGAUGAACAUGGCCUCCAGCCGAUCCCACUCGCUCUUCACGGUCAUCGUGGAGACUGCCCCAGCCUCUGCGCCAGAAGACGCCAUUGUCAGCAAGCUGUGCCUGGUGGACCUGGCGGGGUACGAGCGGUCGGCGCAGUCGGGGUCCACGUCGGGGCAGCUGCAGCAGGAGAGCAUCUUCAUCAACAAGAGCCUGUUCACACUGCGCAAAGUGAUCACCUCGCUCGCGGACCCCCACUACCGCGGCAUGCACGUGCCCUACCGGGACUCCAAGCUGACGUGCCUCCUCAAGCACAGCCUGGGCGGCAACUCGCUGACGCUGAUGAUCGCGUGCCUGGCCCCGAGCGACGCGUACUGGGAGGACAACCUGAGCACGCUCGAGUACGCGAGCAAGACGAAGCAGAUCAGCAACCAGGUGGCCGUCAACGAGGACCCCAAAAACCGCCUCAUCCGACUGCUGCGCGAGCGAGUCCUGUUCCUGGAGCACCAACUGGCGGAGCUCACCGUCAGCCCAGUGUUCUCGCAGGGCGGGGAAUGGGCGGGAACGCCCACGUGGCAGCCCCACGCGGCCGCGCAGGACAGCGCCGUGCUAACGACCUUCUCCGUCACCGCGCGAACGCCGGCGCCCGCUGCGGACGCGGCCGCGCCGUCGGAGCCGCGGCCAGAGCGCGUGGUGGAGCAGGUGCGGUACGAAAUAAGGAGCGAGAGCGUCGAUGAACUGGAGAUUGGGAAGCGGCUGGUUGCUAGCGUGGACUACAUCAAGAAAGUGCUCGCGAGCAACGAGGAGCUGCGCGCGGCUGUGGGCAAGGAGCACGCGAGCAACGAGUCCCUCCAGGCGCAGAACACGGUCCUCAUGGAGGAGAACCAGGAUCUGCGCGAGCGCUUGGGCGUGCUGGAGUCCGUUGUAGUGAUGGAGGAAGAGGAGCGGAAUGCCGUAGCGUCCAUCUCAGCGGAAACGGACGCCGGAACGGAACGGACCGCGGCGGCCGUCCGGCCGGGCACGGAGCACGUGCUCACCGCAGGAAGCGCGGCGCUCCUCGAGCUGAUCGAACUGCGGAAAGAAAACAAGGAGCUUCGAGAGAUGCUCCGCCGGUGGGAGACGGGGACCCAGUUCCGCGGCAACACGCGCGCGCGCUCGCGCUCCCCGACCAAGUCCGCGAGCGGCGCGGCCGCGCAGAGGGCGUUCAAGAGCCACACGCACACGUCAGAGCACCGCGACAAUAGUCACUUGUUUCGGCGGGUUACGGACAACAUUGGCGCCGGAAGUCCGUACAGUCCGAAGCACGCGCGCGCGGUGAAGAGCGCGGGGGUCGGGAAGAAGGGCAACGGGCGGGAGGCGAAGGCGAGUGACGGGCUGCUGACGUUGGAGGAGCUGCGAGGGGUGCUUUCUGGGGGAGGAGAUGACGUCAGCGUGGCGUCGCAAAGCGGACGGCACGGGAGUCCGCUCCGAGUGAGCACGACUGGCAGGCUGCUGGAUGACGUCGCGUCGACAUCACCGGCCGCGAACGGCCGCGCCAGGAGUCCUUCCAAGAGCGGCACCGCCCCGUCGUCCACGUGGGCCACGGAAGGGCUAACGUCAUCAUGGCGAGACGAGCGGCGGAAUCAUACUGCCAGCGGGCGGAACGGCUUAGACGGCGGCCCGGAUUCGCGCAGCGCCACCGCGGGGAGCGUGCCCGGUAGCCUCCCGUCGAUAGGGCCGGUAGAUACAUCCUCCGCACUAGCUCAGCUCAGCGAGUUGAUACGGACACGGAACGAAUUGACAAAAAAUCAUACGCGGUUGCCAGCCUAUCAACAACACUGA